ACAAAUCCUCAAUUAGUUCGAAGUACUGAAGUUUUUUCAAUAUUUCUCGAUUUUAAAAGUUCCAAAAAUCCUGAAAAGAGACAAAAUCGUAAGUCGUGCCGACGGUAAACACGAUAAUAUACCGCUUUUCCAGUGCAAAUAACCACUAUUGCUGGAAUCCUGUACGUCAUGGCAUUUGAUUGACUCUAGGUAGUGCGGACUGAAUCAAAACGGCUGUCAGAAAAGAUCCAAUUGAAAUGUCAAAAAAGAUCCAAUGAUCAGGAGUGUUAUUUUUCUUAUGAUAAUCAACACUAUGAAAAAGCCUAGAAAGCAAACGAAGAAAACGAAGACCGAAGAAAGCGUUAAAAUCCGCGGCACUUCGCUGAGAACAAAAGGAGGCGAGCGAAGGAACAAACUAGGUUUAUUUGUCGAACUGUACCAGCUAUAACGAAUUAUCAACAUGUCUCAAUUUAAUUAUAUAAAUGAUCUGAACAAUAUCAUCACAAUGGAUGGUGAGCUCACGAAAGGUCCAGCGCCCCGGUGGCAAAAGAAAUUAGACAUGUCAGCUGCAUCGGCCAGCUUUAACGCCAGUUCGAUGAACACCUCGCGGCAGAAAUUGUCCAUAUCAUUCAGCAAUGGACAGCAAUCGAUUCCCGCCGGUACUCUUAGCGGUAAAACCCCGAAAAAGCUUGGUGGAUCGGGCUCGAGAAAUUCACCUACAAAAUCUAAAGGACAAACCCCAAGUCAUAAGCAGCCAUCAGGAGGCGACCGUUUUAUUCCGAAUAGAGUAACAACCGAUUUCGACUUGGGCCAUUUUAUGGUGAAGCAAAACGAAGCCCGGAAGGAGAAUGAUUGCGACGGCAAUGGAGAAGAGGCACAGGGCAACAUUAGCCCAAAGAAUGCGGAGCGAAUUAAGAUUCUUUCAGAAGCUAUGAAAGGCUGUGAUAUCAGUAAAAAGCGCAUUUUGUCCUACCAGACAAAGGCACCGGCAGCUCCAGAGGGUCACAUGAAUCCACUGAAAGUUGUGUAUUCUGUCAAAACGCCAAUGUCUACUAAAAGUGGGUCGCGAUUCAUUCCCAAUGCGCCUGACAGGAUCUUAGAUGCACCGGAUAUAAUCAACGACUAUUAUUUGAAUUUGAUGGAUUGGAGCGGAGAUAAUGUGGUGGCCGUAGCGCUUGGUUCUUCAGUGUAUCUCUGGAAUGCAGCCAGCGGGACAAUCGAGGUUCUGUAUGAGAAUGAAGGUAGCGAUCAUGCGUGUUCCCUAGGCUGGAUUCAGGAAGGACAUAUUCUUGCUGUGGGAACAAACACUGGAACUGUCGAACUGUGGGACUGCGAACAAAUGAAGCGUCUCCGCGUUAUGGACGGUCAUACAGGUCGUGUUGGCGUAUUGGCCUGGAAUUCGUACGUUGUUUGCUCGGGCAGCAGGGAUGGCACUAUCGUCAAUCAUGAUGUACGCACUCGCGAUCACAAUGUUGCUGUACUUCGAGGACAUUCACAAGAGGUUUGUGGAUUGAAGUGGUCUACAGACGGGAAAUACCUAGCUAGUGGAGGCAACGAUAACUUGGUGAAUGUGUGGAGUGUAGCGAAUGGUGCGCCCCAUACAACAACUAAUCCCGUGCACGCAUUCAAUCAACAUCAGGCCGCUGUUCGAGCACUGGCAUGGUGCCCAUGGCAGCCAAACAUUCUUGCUAGUGGAGGUGGAACCGCCGACCGGUGCAUUAAGUUUUGGAACGUAAAUAAUGGGCAACUGAUUAACUCAGUUGACACAAAGUCCCAAGUUUGCGGACUAUUGUUCUCCAAGAAUUAUAAAGAACUGAUUUCGGCCCAUGGCUACGUAAACAACCAACUAACGAUUUGGAAGUAUCCAUCGAUGACGAGGCAAAUAGAUCUGAUGGGACACACCGGAAGAGUUUUGCAGAUCGCUAUGUCCCCAGAUGGUACCACCGUUAUGAGCGCGGGAGCGGACGAGACGUUGCGGCUUUGGAACUGCUUCCAGCCGGAUCCACUGCUUACCAAGAAAGAGAAAUCUGCUACCCGGGAGAAGCCGAGUCUUCUGAAGCAGAGUAUUCGAUAAGCAUUUGUUAUUUAUUUUUGUCUGACAAUGUUUUUCUACUAUAUAUUGUGGCCAUGACUGAUGUGUUUCUUUUUUUAUAAUAAGCAUACAAAGCAUUUUGUCUGAUAUUUUGAGAAAAUGAUAGUAAAUGAGUAAUUUUUUUUCCCAAAA